UAGAGGUUGAGUGUAAAACAAGCACAUAUAAGUAUUAAAAACUAGUUGUCCCAGGUUUUUUUCCCCGCUCCUUUAAGUUUUCUUGAAGAAUAUGCCUUUUGUUGGUGUGGUAACUGGUGUAAUUUCCUCCGAAAUUCGAAGCGGUAUGCGGCGCGAGCAUCCUUGGAUGAGCUUUUCUCUGAACAUAGAUGGUGGUUUUAUAACAGUGUGGGCAGGAAAUCUAGAAGUAAUGGACGCUAUUCUGGAUCUUCAGCUUGUGGAAGGGAUGUCUGUUGUGUGCCAGGGUGAAGUCAAACUAAGCAGACGGCGAAAGCAAGAUAGGCUUUUUAACACGUAUGUUUCGAUGUCUGCGUUGCAGCUUCGCAGAGGGGUGCAGUGGCAAGUCGAGUUGGAAGGUGAUAGUGGGUAUGUCGACAGCAAUCCAGUAACAAACAAAAGGGUAUUGAAAAGGCUGCGACACACCAACAUUGUUCCCAGGGAACUUACUGGACUAGAAAAGGCAAGAAUAGACACUUUGACUGCGGCUGCCACAGUGGAAACCUUUGACGAGUUUGGAGGCAAAGAACAGCAAUUUUUCGACUCAUUUAUAUUGAGUUUAGAAUACAAUAGCAACAAAAGCAACAACAACAACAAUAACAAUAACGACUACAACGACUACAACAACGACGACAACAACGACGACAAUGACAACAACAACGAUAACAACAAUGACAAUGACAACAACGACAAUAACGACAACAAGGAUGACAACAACACGAUAAGCAUAAGAAGAACAAAAGCAAGAACAAGAACAAGAACAACAAGAGUGGUGCAAACCACGUUAAAGUUGCUGAGUUGUCAGAUGUACUCGUACGAUGGAUAGCUGGGAGCGCUCGUGAUAUUCAUGCUUUUGUUUGGUAAAGAGGAAAAAGAGUAGAGCAGUGCUGUUCUUUUUCAGUGGCACAGUCACUCAAAGACAGCAAGAACAUCACGGUUCACUAUAGUCUUUGUCAUCUUCAGAUGUCAUUGUUUGGUUAUCCAUAUGUAUGCUGGUUAUCAAGCUAAGUAAUGAAAUGGAGAUCCUUCUGUUUUUAUUUCUUUUACUAGUGCUCUCACACAAUCCGUUGUAUCAGCAAUCCGACAAAAGAACUGCCGUUCACAGCACAUCUUCUAACCCGCUCA